UUAGUAAAAUAAAGGGUGCGAAUAGCAUUACUGUUUAGUAAGAACGUAUUGAAUAAAAAGAAAGAAAGAAAUAGAAGUUAAACGAAGUAACAGAAAACAACAGAUAUGAAAAUCGUUCGUAAAGACUUGGCGCGCAAUGGCCCUGGAUGCGUUAAGAUGGUGCCAGUGGAUUCAGAUGAUUUAUGGUAUGUAUAUAACUUGAUAGCUCCUGGUGAUUCAAUCAUGGCAGUUACUUUCAGGAAGGUUCUUAGAGGAGCUGAUAAUGGUGGAAGAGAUGCUCAUCGUUUUAAACUUAAAUUGGAAAUUGAAGUUGAAGAUGGUGUGGAUUAUGAUAAAGAAGGUUCAGUUUUGCGUGUUCGAGGGAAGAACAUUCUAGAGAACGAACAUGUCAAGAUAGGAGCAUUCCAUACUUUAGAACUUGAGUUACAGCGACCUUUUGUGAUCAGGAAGGAUGUCUGGGAUUCAUAUGCUUUAGAGGUACUCCAGCAGGCCUCUGAUCCUGCUGCAAGUGCUGAUCUAGCCGUGGUGUUAAUGCAAGAAGGAUUAGCCCAUAUCCUCCUUGUUGGUAGAAGUAUGACUGUUACUCGUUCACGGAUAGAAGCUUCAAUUCCUCGCAAGCAUGGGGCUGCAAUUGCUAGUUAUGAGAAAGCUUUGAAUAAGUUCUUUGAGAAUGUUUUGCAGGCAUUCUUGAGACAUAUAGAUUUCAACGUGGUUCGUUGUGCUGUAAUUGCAAGUCCUGGAUUUACAAAAGAUCAGUUUCAUCGUCACUUAUUUUUGGAGGCAGAAAGAAGACAGCUGCGACCUAUUAUUGAAAACAAAUCACGCAUCAUUCUCGCACACACAAGCUCAGGAUACAAGCAUAGCUUAAAAGAGGUUCUGGAUGCUCCAAAUGUUAUGAGUAUGAUAAAAGAUACUAAGGCAGCACAAGAGGUUCGAAUUCUGAAGGAGUUUUACGACAUGCUAUCAAAUGAUUCAUCACGUGCUUGUUAUGGAGCAAAACAUGUUGAGGUUGCCCAUGAACGUCUAGCUGUGCAAAUGCUUCUCAUUGCAGAUUCUCUUUUCAGGAAUGCAGAUAUACCAAAGAGGAAAAAGUAUGUUAACUUGGUUAAUUCAGUUAAGGAUUCUGGAGGUUCUGUUCAUGUAUUUUCAUCCAUGCAUGCCUCUGGAGAACAACUAGAGCAGAUAAGUGGCAUUGCUGCAAUUCUUCGGUUUCCUCUCCCCGAUCUUGAAGACAUUGAGAUGUAAUAGACAGUGUUGGUCAAUCAAGUUGGUGUUUAUUUUUAUUUUAUACUAUUCUUAAAUACACAGCUGAUGUCGCAACAGCCCCCCGAGGACUCCUAGGUUUGCGGGCUGCUGAGUUUGCAAGAUCUGAUGAACCAGGGGAAUUGUAGUAUAAAGUGUAAACCAGGCAAUGUUAAGUUAUAGUUGCUAGUUAUAUUUGAUGCCAAGUAUCUAUACCAUGGGGUGGAUGCUUGUGCUCCUGGGUAUUUAAAUGUAAUAUUUAUACUUCCAAAUUCUCAUCACCACACUUGCUUAGCAUUCCAUUUGUUUCUUUUCAAGAUACAAAUAAUGUUUGUGUAUAUUAAUAACAUUUUUUGUUAUCCUAUUUAUCUCAAUAAUUGAUUGAGUGAAAACAGUUCUACAAGUUU